CAUAAACUCGAUCGACCAGCACUUCCACGGGCUUUUGUCAGCUAGCCAUGGCUUCCACGCGCGCGGUUGCGAUCGUCUUCUCGCUCCUGAUCUUGGCGGCGGCCGCGCCCUCGCCUCUCGUGCGAGCCAGAAUGGUGCCGGCGGAUGGCGAAGGAGUACCACCCGCCGGACGGAUCGCGGCGCCGGAGGUUACCGGCUCGGUCGGAACAGCGUCGUCUCUGCAAGAAGCGCUCGUUCAGAGGCCCCCGCUGCCGCUGCCGCUGCUGACGUCGCCGCCGGCGAUGACCGUCUACGCGCAGCGCAGCAGUAGGAUGCUCGGAUCGGUGCCGAGCCCGGGCGUUGGCCACUAGCCUGUGUUCUCAAGUUCUUUCGUGCGUAUAUACUACUGUAUUUAGUUUCAUGAUUCGUGAGAGCUUGAUUUCCACAUCUAACUACGUGUGUGGAGCUUGUAACGCGAGGGUCGGUCGUUGUUCUGAUUACAAGGUUCAUUAACCGAUUAUUAAGUUGAUGAAUCUUCUUAUUA